GAUAAUGGCUGUAAAUUCUGCAGGGAUACUUGCAGAACCAUUUUCUAGUUUGUCCAACUUAUUUGCUCUGCUGUCGAUUAGAAAAUGUUGGGUUUCUUAGCUGUUCUUUUGGUCGCGUUUUCGUCAGUAAAUGCUGAAGAGGAUAUUGCCAGUCUGACUGCUGCAGUAAACAGCCUCAAAAGCGAUGUGAAAGCUUUAGACAUGCUCAUCAAGUUCUACAACCCAGAAUGGUCGUGGUCUCCAGCUCGGGACUGUGGCUUGGACUGCCCCUACAUGGUGAACCUGCUCGACUUUGCUGCCGUACAAUGGAGAUUUGAGGGAGAGUUCCACGGUAUCUUCGACUUGGAGUUUAUUAAAGAGAACGGGCAGAUGCAUGGCAACAUGGACUUCUACGAGAGACACAUGUGGGCGAGGAACUGUGGCUGGAUAAAAUACGACCAGGAAGCUAUUCUACCCGAAGGACUGAGAACUUGGACAUUCGCCAAGAGGGAGGAUGGUUUCAAGUUGUAUGCUGAGGAUCAGCUCCUUCUCAACUUCAACUACACAGAGGGAAAGUGCGCUGAGAUGUGGAAUGGACCUACUGUUGGUUUCUUCUUCGAGACCCCGGCUACUGCUGUGCAUCUCCUCCAACAUGGAAUGGACUGGUUGUGGUGGCAGAAGGUAUAAAUGAACAUUGAACAUUACAAAAGUGCUUCCUCGUCCCUGAUAUGAAGAAAAAUGAAGUUAGCUAUGGAGGAGACAAUGGAAAUAAACAAUAAACAUUCUGAUAUAGUUCACGAUGGGAUGUUUUAUUUGUGAUACAUGGUAGUAGGGGUUAUCAAACUCAACUGACAUUUUAUUUUCGCCAUUUCAUCUCUAAGUCUUACGUUUCUAAACUUGCAGUUUUAUUACUUGAAUUGUAGUUGUUGGUUUAUGGUUUAGAUUACUUUUAAAAUGACCAUUGAUUGUUAUUAAAUAA